AUGGUGAAUACUGGAAAGCCCAGCAUGGCUUGUGCCACUUGCAAAACACGCAGGAUCAAAUGUGAUAGGCUGCAGCCCGAAUGCUCUGCGUGUAAACGAGCUGGAUGGAUUUGUCCGGGAGUCCCGUCCGAGGCCGAUGUCGUGUUCCGGCACCACCGCAGACGUCCCGCGCCCCCAGGCUCUCAGCAAGCAAGCAUUGGUCCGCCGUUAGAACCAAGAGACGGGCAGAGAAUCAUUGAAUUGGCGCCUUCGAUUACAGAUAGGGCUACAGCCUUCUUCUUGUAUCAAUACGCGUUUAGUCCCGAGCUCUGCGCCAGCACCGGCAUCUCUCCCGGAGUCCAUGAGCAUUUGCCGGUCCUCCUUCAACAUGAACCGUCGACGGGAGCGCUUAGUACCAUUGUUUCAGCCGCGGGGCUUGCCGCUUUGGCGAAUGCUGGAGCUUCAACGCCGUGGAAAUACGAUGCAUAUCGUUCAUACGGGAAAGCCCUCCAGCAGCUACAAGUUGAUUUGCAGGAUCCAGUCCGGAUGAAAUCUGAUGGCACGCUGGCAGCUGUCAUGCUGAUGGGUACUUUUGAGAUGAUCUCCAAUGGUGACUUGACUUGUAUGGAGUCUUUCGGUCGCCAUACUAUAGCCGGCGCUCAAUGCGUUCAGCUUCGAGGACCAAGCCAGUUUCGAAAUCUAGUAUCCAUCAUUUUAUUUAUUCAGCUACGUCGUCUUAUUGUCUCGACUUGCCACCAGCUACAGGUGCCAUUACCUUACACUCUCAAGACGUGGUCACGAUGGACUGAGGAUCCCCAAAAGAAAGACGAAGCCUCUCUGAACCGCUUCUUUGAGCUAAAUGAGGAUCUAGCAGCCAUCCGAGCUGAGAUUAAGCGAAAGGCCAUACGUAGCCCUGCAGUUGUGGCUGCCAUGUUAACGCCAAUCGAUGACAAGCUUGAAGACUGGAAGUCGAAGCUUCCAGACUCGUGGUAUUUCAGGUCGUACAGAUCUCUAGUACCAGGGACCAGUUCAGCGGCUGGAGGCCAGAUGUUUCAAUAUGACGAGUAUCCGGAUUUCUGGGUUGCUUCUACCUGGAAUAAUUACCGCAUGGUCCGUAUUUUAAUUCACGAGUCCAUUAUGACGACGACAAUAAACUACGGCACGGAUGAAGAGAAGACGGGCCUCGGGCAAUCAGCCAAGGUACUGGCCGAGAUGACAAACGGAAUUUGCUCCAGUGUGCCGUACAUUAUGGGCGACAGGUGCAAUAGGCGCUACUCGAGAGGCAGCCUCGAAGCUGCAAGGCCAGACUUGAGACGAGCCAAACCAGGUGGAUGCACGCUGUUAUGGCCCCUGUUUCUAGCUGGAUCGCUGAGUACCACACCCAAAGAUCAGCGAGACUGGAUUGCCCGCGUUUUGCGAGAACUGGGCCUCCGCAUGGGCAUACAGCUAGCCAUAUCGAUGGCGAUCAAACUGGAGCAGACGACGUCGUUUUCAGACGCUGACCUGUGGUAUAUUGGCGAGUUCUUUCCCAGCUAG